AUGCAGGAACUCAACCAGUCCACCGUGACAGAAUUCAUUCUAUUGGGCUUUGCCCCAAGCCCCAGGACCAAUCCUCUGCUCUUCACCUUCUUUUUAGUCUUUUACCUGCUGAUCCUUGUGAGCAACAGCCUCCUUAUCACCCUCAUCAUCCAGGACUCAUGCCUCCACACACCCAUGUACUUUUUCAUCAGUGUCCUCUCCAUGUGUGUGUGCUACACCACCACUACUGUGCCCCAGAUGCUUGUGCAUAUUCUCAGCAAGAAGAGGGCCAUCUCUUUUGCUAGAUGUGUGGCCCAAAUGUACAUCUUCCUCCUCUUUGGGGUCACAGAGUCUUGGCUUUUCUCCAUCAUGUCUGUGGACAGAUAUAUGGCCAUCUGUCAUCCCCUCAGGUACAAGGUCAUCAUGAGCCGCUGGGUGUGUCUCCUCAUGGUGGGCAUCUGUGUGGCCUAUGGUGUGGUGGGUGGCCUGUGUGAUACCUUCUUUGCUAUGCGCCUGCCCUAUUGUGGUCCCAAUGAAAUUGACCACUACUUUUGUGAGGUUCCUGCUGUCCUGAAGCUGGCCUGUGCAGACACAUCCCUCAAUGACUUGGUGAACUUCAUCACAGGCUUCAAUGUCAUUGUGGUCCCACUGUCCCUUGUUGCCAUUGUUUAUGCCAACAUCUUUGCCACCAUCAUGAAGAUCCGCUCAGCCCAGGGGCAUAUCAAGGCCUUCUCCACCUGUGCCUCCCACAUCACUGUGGUCACCAUGUUUGCCAUUCCAUGCAUCAUCAUGUACAUGAGUCCUGGCUCAGGUGGCUUAUCAAACAGUGGCAAGAAAAUGGCCCUCUUCUAUAACAUUGCCACAGCCUUCCUUAACCCUGUCAUCUACAGUCUGAGGAACAAGGAUGUAAAAAAGGCUUUCCUCAAAUUGAUGGGAUGGAGCAGGACCCAAGAGUGA